GCAUAAUAAAGCAGUGAAGAGGAACUGGGGGAAGUGUUACAUGUCUUACUAAUCAGAAAACUGCCUCUGAAAUAUUUGGACAAACUACAUAUAUAUGUAGUUAAAUCUGAAAAGGCUGAAAGUGUGCGGAGAGCAUGGGUUAUGAUAUUGAGCGUUUUGUUGGCUACGUCAAUGAAGGGCUAUUAUGCUCCAUCUGCCGUGAUGUGCUAGAAGAUCCGUUACAGGCUCCUUGUGAACAUGCUUUCUGUACUGCUUGUAUACAUGGGUGGCUUGUUCACCACAGUAACUGCCCUGAAGACAGACAGAUGAUUGACGUGUCUUUGCUACGGCCUCUCUACAGAUACAUGAGAAAUGAUUUAAACCGUCUUCAGCUACAUUGCAAAAACAGGGAGUAUGGCUGUCAAAUGGUUUGUUCUCUGGAGUCUAUAGACAGGCAUGAAAGGGAGUGUGAAUACAGUCAGAUACCUUGCUCCAAUGCCGGCUGUACAGUUCAAGUUGAACGUCGUAACUUAGACAGUCACCUGGCAGUGUGUGAAUAUCGGAGCCGUGAAUGCCCCAAUGGCUGUGGCUACACCAUUCUCAGUGUGGAAGACACACAGCACAAUUGUGUGGCAGAGCUAAGAACCGAGCUAGAACUACUUCGGUCAGAAAUGAUCUGCAGAGUGGAGGAGGCAAAGCAUGAGAUGGAGUCAAGGUUAGAUUCACAGAGGAGGCAUAUGGUCCAAAAAGAGAGUAUUCUGCAAAAUGAAAUUGAAGAACUGAAGAGUCAGAUGUCACGAAUGAUGUCAGAUGUUCGCUCCCUGAUGUCUGCAGAGAGGCAGCACCGUCAGGAGCUGGAGCAGGCAGAGCUGGAAAAACGGGAAUUAAUGGAGCUGCUGAGGGGGCUGCAGAAGGACUGUCGGUUAACCACUGCAGAAGGAAGCAGGAAGCCGACAAACUUCCGCCCUCUAACACGACUAGAAAGCGUGAAACGAAAACCUAGGGAAGUUACAGUUAUCUAAACAGAAGCUGAUACACACUGAAGAGACUAAUACCAAAGCCUGAAGUAAUAAAGUCACCCAGAACCUUUUAAAUACUUGUGUAAGUAACUUGGAGUUUGUGGGAGGAGGUCUGUGUUUGAUUUCAAAAUUUGAAGUUUUUGUAUGUGCAAGUAUCAGCUAUUUCUACAGGGUCCUUAAAGCUGAAGACCAGCCUGUUUGGUACUCAGUAUCUUUAAAGCCUGUAUAAAUAGGAGUAUCCUUAAUUUUCUUCUAGCAGGUUUAAGGCUACUUGAACAUUAGUGUCCACAACAGACAAACAUUUGUACAGUCACUUGGACUUCAGGUGUCUUUAUUAGUACUCAAGUUUGCAGUUGUGUAAGACCCAUGAAUACUGAAUCACAGGGGCAUUUAUCUGUAAGGACUGCAUGAGAAAUCUGUAUAGUUCAUUGACUUUUCUCUAAACUUCUCACCCAACCUGUUCACAUGGGUUUCACUGAUAUAACUAAGCCGUAGUCUGUCCGUUGCAGCUCUCCAGUGGAGUCACUAGGGAAGAACCUGGCUGCUGUUUACUGAAUGUGUGAAAUUAGCUUUGAACUGUCAGGAUAAUGUGUGCAGGUGCAGCAAUCUGAAUAAGCUGAUUUUAUGGUUUAGAAAGCAAAUAAACAACUGUUCAUGCCUUGCUGUCACUCAGAGCAAUGCUUUUAUGGCUAACAGCAUA